AUGCCGACGAUAAGCAAGGCUGAACGAAGUCGUGACGAGUCGAGUGCCGAGGUUGAGUAUGUAGAUCGGGGAUUGCACUCCUUCCAGGAUAUUUCACAUAUCUUUCACAACGAAGCACUAACUCGACUGACGUUAAGUCAUAAUAAACUCACCUCAGUGCCUGCAAACAUCGCGGACUUGGUCAAUCUUCAGGUGUUUUUCAGCAUCAUUACUAUUCUAUUUUAG